GGAUCGACGUCGCUCAACCACGUGGCCGUAUUUACCACCUGUCCGAGUCAGCUGAUAACAACAACAAGCUUCGAGGCCGGAUAGAACUACAAGCAAUUCCAUCCUGCAAGUAAUAACACAGAGUCCAACAAUCAAGUGCAGAUCAACCACCAGUAAAGAAGUAUUACAUUCUGAGACACACACAAAUCUUCCUACAGAGAACAAGAAUAAUAGAUAUAAUCUAAAAACGACGACAACCCAGAAAUGAAAUUCCAGGGAGUAUAGACUACCAUAUAGUCUAAAACCCUAUAAAAGGAGAAAGAAGAAGAAGAACAAACUUCGAGGAAUAGUCAGUCAUGGCAUACAUUGCAAAGGGAUUGACAACACGUAUCUGCCAGUUGACAUCCCUGAGGGUAUGUCAGAGGUGCCCGUUGUCACUGUCAGUGCUUCGAGGAACUACAGUGACCCCAAGCAAGGCGGUCGACCUUAGUGGUGUUUUCCCACCGAUGCCCACACCAUUUAAUCCUAAUGAGUCGGUGAACUAUGAUAAAUUUGCCAGCAAUAUUGAGGCUUGGAAUAAAGUGCCCUUUAAAGGACUGGUUGUGCAAGGGAGUAAUGGAGAAUAUGUAUAUUUGAGCACCGAGGAACGCAUUGACUUGGUUAAAUGUGUGCGCGAUUCUCUGCCAAGAGAUUCUGGAAAAAUCAUCUUGGCUGGAUCAGGAUGUGAAUCAACAAAAGCCACGAUAGAAAUGAGUGAGAAGAUGGCCCAGGCAGGAGCAGACGCAGUGAUGGUUGUCACUCCCAGCUAUUAUAAGCCAGGCAUGAAGGAUAAGGCUCUCCAUUCUCAUUUUACGGCCGUUGCCGAUAACAGUCCCGUCCCUGUUAUAUUGUACAGCGUUCCUGCAUUCACAGUGAUUGACCUGAGUCUGGAUGUUAUUGUGGAUCUGGCUCAGCACCCCAACAUCAUUGGGAUUAAGGAGAGCGGGGGCGAUAUAAGCAAAAUUGGAGCCAUGGUCCACCGCACGCGCUCCUGUGACUUCCAAAUUGUGGCAGGGUCAGCUAGCUUCUUUCUAUCGUGCCUGCAGAUAGGUGGUGUUGGUGCUGUAGCAGCUUUAGCAAAUGUCUUAGGGCCAGCAGUAUGUGACUUACACAGGCUUGCACUGGCUGGUAAUAUGGAGGCAGCAGUACCAUUGCAGCAGAAAUUGAUUGGACCAAAUGCUGCUGUUACCAAAGGUUUUGGCAUUCCUGGCCUGAAGCAAGUGAUGGACUGGAUGGGACUCUAUGGGGGCCCCACUCGCUCCCCACUCCAGUCUCUCUCAGAGCAAGAUACAGUCAUGUUACGCAAGAUAUUUGUUGAUGCUGGUUAUCUGUAGAUUAUACAGGAUCUUGGGGACCCUUAACUGUUAGAGAGGUUAAUUUCUACAAG